AGCAUGUUGACAAUGGUACCGUAAGGCGUAUGGCACCAGGAGCUCAACCCAUGCUGACAUUGACUCGUGAUGAAUCGCAUAUGUUGCUGUUGUGGAGAAAGAUCCAAAAAGGAUGCUACUGCGGCAAUGUAUGACGUGAGGGAAGGCUUCACCACCUUCGACAAGAACCAGGACGGUCUGAUCACCGUGGACGAGAUCUGCCAGACCUUCAAGGAGAUGGAGAUGCCGAUCUCAACUGAUGACGCCCUGAUGCUGCUCACGGAGUUUGAUACUAACGGGGACGGGAAACUUGACUUCAACGAGUUCGUGGCGUUCAUGAAGAAAUACAUACGUACCAGUGGCGACAACGGAUCAUUGUCCAUGUUUUUUCAUUUUGAUCGCGACGGCGACGGCUACAUUACAGUACAGGAGUUUCGGGAGUCGAUGAAGAUGUUAGGUUUGUAUCUGUCAGUGGCUGAGACUGAGGAUAUGUUGUCGCCGUUCUUCAAAGACGACGAGAGGAAACUCUGCUACGACGACUUCCACAUUCUGAUGCAGCGGUUUAUAUGAGACCACGCCCACGUCCCCCUCCCUGCUAGAGACCUGCACCCUGGGGCCUUGACUAUGUUGCUGGAGUAUGUGUGCUGUCGUAUGGUGGUGUAUGUGUGUGACUGUGUGAUAGACAGUGUGUGAUAGUUUUAGUAUCGUGUAUGAAUGUAUGCAUGAGUUUCUUUCGUUUAGAAA